ACACACACACUGAAAUCCAAUCAAGCUUGUGGCAGUUACCUGAACUCAUGACUCAGUCCAUGUAUAAUUCAUUUGCUCAGUGAUCCACUCACUUAUAGAGAAGCAACCGGACUCCAGUGACCCGUCUGCAAAACCUCGGAGACCAUCGGCACUUCCAGCCUCACAAAGUCAGGUUUAACAGGUAAUGCUCAGGGAACAUGAGUGAACAAAGACAGCGAGCCCUGUCCACCUCAGGCGAGGCUCUGUACCAGGUGCUUGGCCUUGACAAGAACUGCACCCACGAUGACGUCAAGAAAUCAUACAGGAAGCUAGCUCUGAAGUAUCACCCAGACAAGAACCCGGAGAACCCUGAUGCUGCUGAGAAGUUCAAGGAGCUCAACAAUGCUCACUCCGUGCUCUCGGACGUCACAAAACGCAACAUUUAUGACAAAUAUGGCUCGUUGGGGCUCUACGUGGCCCAGCAGUUCGGAGAGGAGAAUGUGAACACUUAUUUCAUGCUCUCCAGUUGGUGGGCUAAGGGUCUGUUUGCCAUCUGCGGCUUGCUGACAGGCUGCUACUUCUGCUGCUGUCUGUGUUGCUGCUUCAACUGCUGCUGUGGGAAGUGUAAGCCCCGCACUCCUGGUGAGGAAGACCCUGAGUGCUACGUAUCUCCUGAAGACCUGGAGGAGCAGAUUCGCACUGACACAGAAAGGGAUGGUGACACUCCUGUAAUGCAUCAACCAUCUAAUGCGAGUGAGAAGACCCAGCUGAUUGGUGACGGACACCGGACAUACACCUGAGUCUUAAUAAACUGCACUUUCUUACUUUUCCUUUGAAUAGCCGUUGAAUAACUUAAUAAUAUCACACAUCUCACCCAUAACGUUAAGACUGGAAUGUAACUGGGAUGUACACACUCAAUGCACUUGCUAUAUAUUGAUGUGUCUUAAUCGUGGAGGUUUUUCAACCAUUGCUGUCUGUACA